CGAUUCAAAUAAUUUCAACUUGGCGCAAUUUUCGCGUCAAAGUGUCCGCUUUUUUCGCUCUGGAUAGACGGUCUAACACGGGUUUGUUAUUUACUCCAAGUUAAUCCAGAGUUUUCGAGUUAUUUUGACUGGAUUUCGGGGGGUGUUAGUGCGGUGUGGAUUGGCAUGGAUUAAGUGAAUUUUUCAAUAUACACUCCAAUGGUUUGGAUUUGAUUUUACAAAAAAAAGGCUGGAAUUAAUAAGAUGUUGUCAAGAAGGAUCCUGAACAAGUUAAAAAACAAAAUGGAUUUCGGAUAACCUCCCCCUCGAUAAAACAUUCAAAUUUACCGCCAUUAGACUGUAUUAAACGAAAAUGAACGAAUCCACCGACACCAGCCGACUAUUAUCGAACACCACUUACGACUACCAACGCAAAGAACUGAACAUCUCCUACGUCAUCUGCGAGAUCGUGGUGGCCAUCCUGGCCGUAGCAGGCAAUGCCCUGGUGAUCUACGUGUUCAAAAAGGAGCGGCGACUGCGCAGAAGGACCAACUACUACAUAAUCUCUUUGGCAACAGCGGAUUUCCUGGUCGGUCUCCUGGGAAUCCCAUUUGCGAUAAUGUCUUCAGUGGGAUGGCCGAACAAUCUGCACGCAUGUCUGUUCACCGUCAGUUUACUGGUAGUGCUAUGUACGAUAUCGAUAUUUUGUUUGGUGGCCGUGUCCGUGGAUCGGUAUUGGGCGAUUUUGCAUCCGAUGGGUUAUUCCAGGAACGUUAGGACGAAAACUGCCGUCGUUAUAAUCAGUAUUUGCUGGUUCGCCGGAUCCCUCGUAGGCUUUCUACCGCUAAUGGGUUGGCACCAAGACCGACCCAGCAGCGUCGACUGUUUCUUCCUUACCGUGAUGGACUACCACUACCUGGUUUUCUUGUAUUUCGGCACCAUCAUCACCCCCGCCCUUCUAUUGGCCGCGUUCUACGCCCACAUAUACAGGGUGGUGCUAAAACAGUUGAGGCAAAUCGUAGUGAUGAACCCCAGCAAAGCAUCCGGCGGCAAAAAGGGCAAAAACCUCUCGUCCGGAGGGAUGAUUCGCAUGUUGGGGGUGCAACAACGGAACGAAGUAAAAGCCACUCAAAACUUAGCCAUCAUAGUUCUAUUCUUCAUGAUUUGCUGGAUCCCCUUGUAUACCAUCAACUGUAUUAUAGCCUUCAACAGUGACUUUCACGUCAAUUCAACGUUUAUGCUCUCUUGUAUCAUUUUGUCCCACUUAAAUUCAGCGGGGAAUCCUUUGCUGUACGCUUACCACUUAAGGGAUUUUCGUGCUGCAUUGAAAAACUUCUUCUGCGGCCUCCUCGGGAUGGAGCAGCAGUGCCUGGACCAAUUUCAACCGAGAGGGUCCAACUUUAGCCGGUAUAAGACCCAAUUUAGUAAUUCGCGUAAAACUAAACUGGAGGUGCCACAAAAACUGUUAAAUUGCCCCCAAGUCGGUGUAAUAGUGAAGAGCUCUGCCAUGUUAGCAUCGGUUCCAGCAGGAAAACUUGACGGGAGCAUUUGGAAUAUCGCGGAAGAUUCCGGAAGAGAUUCUGCUGCUUCCUCUCAAGAUUCUUUGAAGGAACUGGAUUGUGGUCGUCAGGACGUGAUGCUGAUGUUGCGCCCUGCGACGCCCUACAAGCAGAACUUGCUGAAAGAAGUUAACAAUAGGGCCUACGCUGAUUCGUCUAGUCUAGAUGAUUCCGAGGACACUUUUAUCAGAGACUGCAUGAACUGUUACAAAAACACCGAAGAAACUUGUUUAAGUAACGUGAUGGUAAAAUCUCAAGAGACAUCCCCUAAGAGGGUCGAAAAUUACUCAAAUUCUUCGCCUCAGUUGUCGAGGGGGCUGUUUUUAGUGGAGGGCGAGUCCAGGAAGCAAACGAAAAACCACUUGUGUGUAAAUAAUUCGCCUAAACAUGUACAUAAGUUAAGUCCGUACAAGAUAGUCAGCGGUUUGUUUAGAAAUAAGCGAAAGUUGAAUAGGAGUCUAAGCGAUUCGGAUUCUUUGAAAAAGUUAAACGGAGUUAGUAAUGACUAUUUUUCUGUCCCUAUGUAAGUGAAAAUAUAAAUUAUUAUACUUGUAUCUCAAA